AUGUUAAGAAUCAGAUCACUUCUAAAUAGUAGACGUGCCUUUUCAUCCACCGUUCGGGCACUAACCAUAAAUAAGUCACAUGAUGUAGUCAUCAUCGGUGGUGGGCCUGCUGGUUACGUAGCAGCCAUCAAAGCUGCUCAAUUGGGGUUCAACACCGCAUGUGUGGAGAAAAGAGGUAAAUUGGGUGGUACCUGUCUUAACGUUGGAUGUAUUCCCUCCAAAGCCCUAUUAAAUAACUCUCAUUUGUACCACCAAAUGCACACAGAAGCGCAAAAAAGAGGUAUUGAUAUCACCGGUGAUGUCAAGAUCAACGUAGCCAGCUUCCAAAAGGCCAAAGAUGAUGCCGUUAAGCAGUUAACUGGAGGUAUCGAGCUUUUGUUCAAGAAGAAUAAGGUCACUUACUAUAAAGGUAAUGGCUCAUUUGAAGAUGAAACCAAGAUCAAAGUGACACCCAUCGAAGGACUAGAAGGCACUGUUAAGGAAGAUCACAUACUAGAUGUUAAAAAUAUCAUAAUCGCUACAGGCUCUGAAGUCACGCCAUUCCCAGGCAUUGAAAUAGACGAAGAGAAGAUUGUCUCUUCAACAGGGGCCCUUUCACUGAAGGAAAUCCCCAAAAGAUUAACCAUCAUCGGUGGUGGUAUUAUCGGACUGGAAAUGGGGUCGGUUUACUCCAGAUUAGGCUCUAAAGUCACUGUAGUGGAAUUUCAGCCUCAAAUCGGUGCCUCUAUGGAUGGUGAAGUCGCCAAGGCCACUCAAAAGUUCUUGAAAAAGCAGGGUUUGGACUUCAAGCUAAGCACCAAGGUCAUCUCCGCCAAGAGAAACGACGACAAGAACGUCGUUGAGAUCGUUGUAGAAGAUACUAAGACAAACAAACAAGAGAAUCUGGAAGCCGAGGUCCUGUUAGUUGCUGUUGGUAGAAGACCUUACAUAGCCGGUUUAGAUGCUGAAAAGAUUGGUCUAGAAGUAGACAAGAGAGGCCGUUUAGUUAUUGACGACCAAUUCAGUUCUAAGUUCCCACACAUUAAGGUCGUGGGAGACGUAACAUUCGGCCCAAUGUUGGCUCACAAAGCUGAAGAAGAAGGCAUUGCGGCAGUGGAGAUCUUGAAGACUGGUCACGGCCAUGUUAACUAUAAUAACAUCCCCUCAGUGAUGUAUUCUCACCCAGAAGUAGCAUGGGUUGGUAAAACCGAAGAACAAUUGAAGGAGGCCGGUAUUGAAUAUAAAAUAGGUAAGUUCCCCUUUGCUGCCAAUUCGAGAGCUAAGACAAAUCAAGAUACCGAAGGUUUUGUGAAGAUUUUGAUUGACGCCAAGACCGAGCGUAUUUUAGGGGCCCACAUAGUUGGUCCAAAUGCUGGUGAGAUGAUUGCUGAAGCCGGUCUAGCCCUGGAAUACGGUGCUUCCGCUGAAGAUGUCGCUAGAGUCUGUCAUGCUCAUCCUACUUUGUCCGAGGCAUUCAAGGAAGCUAAUAUGGCCGCCUAUGAUAAAGCUAUUCAUUGUUGA